AGGAGCCCUGCAUGGGCUGGGAAGCAUCAUCUCUGAGGGAGUGAGACGAUAGCCCUGCCUCACAAACGGGGUAGCCCAGCACUGCAGGCUAGGGACCGCGGGGAAGGCCGCACUGCGCUUGGGAAUUCCAGGGUUCCCAACGCCUGCAGCAAUUGACCAGCAGGCAGGCGUUGUUGAUGUUGUGAAGCUCCCACUCCCGGAGGCGUGUAACGCUGCGAAACCCUGGCUGCCUAUAAAGCCAGAGGAAGUUCCUGGCCCUAGUGUCUCUGAGGGAGCUGUCAGGGUGCGCGGGGUACGGCGAAGAGCCCAAGGAUGCUGGGCAGGGGGAGCCCCGCGCUGAAGGUAGAAACGGGACGAUGUCCCUGUUAGCGCGCAGCAGCCCGGUCCCCCAACCCCAUGGUUUCCACCUCUGCAGCCCCGCCCACUGCGCGCUCUGCUCGCCGCCAUGUUGUGGCUCUACGCAGUUGCUUUUCCUCUAAGUCCUCCCCUUUUCGUACCUUUUUUCUCGCGAGAGGCGGGUGCUCGAGCGCGCUCUCUCCCUCCCCUUUUCGGAGCAGGUUCUCGCGGAAGCGAUGGAGGUUUUGAGGUAAUUCUCGCGAGAGCUGGUUGCCUUGGCUCCCCGUAGCUAUAGCAGCGGGGUGGGGGACGAAGCGAGCGAGGAUGCUGCGCGCUCCGGUGGGACGCGUCUCUGGCGGGCUCUCAAUGUCAUUUGGAAGAUGGAUUCCGCCAUAUCUGGAUUAAAUUCCUUAUCCUGCAGAUGACUAGCAUCUUCUCUCAAUAAGAAAGUGGGAGAAUAUUCUGCUCUGACAAAGGCGUCCUGGACAGUAACUCCACCACAAGGAAAUGCAGCUAUGUUUCCAUGCCCUCUUGCCCAGGUUUAGCACUGCUGCAAAGCCCCAAAUCCAGAUUACAUAAUCCCCUCUUCCAAAGUGUAAACAUGAUUUUAUAAUACUAUAAAUAUGCAUAUAUAAAUAUACUUUGUAUUUUUUCAAGAUCUUUGUUAGAAACUGGCUAAUUUAACACUUCAAGGAGUAUGUGCUGAGAAUGAUGUGCUGUAGCCUAUUCAUAUAAAAUUGUGUGUAGCUUUAAAAAAUAUUAAAAUUAACUUCACCCUUACAGCAUAUUUCAUCCAUGUUUCCCCAAGACACAUGCCCACAGGUUCCUCUGCUUCUUGUUCUUUCUUAUUUCAUUUUGGGGAUGUGCUUUCGUAUUUUUUGUUUUGUUUCAAAAGGUUCUGCAUAUAGUGGGAGGUGAGGCAACAUUGGUCUUGGCAGAACACCACAAAACCAAGAAAGUAAUUACAUGACGCAAGUCUUUGAUUAUUUUUUUCUCUGUAAAACUUUCUGGCACGGCUGGGCAUUCCAGUUGCAAAAGAAGGAACAGGAGAAGAAACUUCUAAAGAUCUGCACGGAGAGUUAGAAGAACUUUUCUGUUAAAGUUUUACUACCUAAAAUAAAAGCACUUCCCAGCGCAGUUCUGGAAUCUCUCCUUUUUCAUCCCUCUCAGAACUGAAGAUAUCUUUUCACCACUUCCAUUAGAAGCAAGGCUUUAUUUUGGUUUUGGUGGGCCUGCUUUUUUACUAGUUGGGUUGCUCUGUGUUCUGUGGGAGGAUUAUAAAAGUAUUAACAGAAGUCUUACAUUUUACUUUUCCUGGACCCUGCUGGACUUAAGCAAUUAUACUGUCUUCAAGAGAGUUCUAUUGAAGUGACAGUCAGUUCAGAAGAAGGAUGUAACAGCAAAGCAGUUGCACUUGAAAGACCAUGGAUUCCUUCAUUUUGCUUGCUUCUGUUCUAUUGCCUGUAAAGCAUCAUCAUUCCUACAUCAUCAGCAGAUGAAUGAUAGCAUCCUGCGCUGGAUUUAAAAUAAAUAAAUAAAUAUAUAUAUAGCUAACUCAUGAGUUCCAUGUGUCCACAUCGAAGGAGAAAUUUUGUUUAAACUGUAUUUUAAGAGGAUUGGAUUGUACUCCUUAAUUUUCACUUUGGGUAAAGGAUCUUGUCCAGUGAAAGACUUUCAGUCAAACAGAGAUCCAAAAGCCUUCUUCAUAUUAUAGAGCUAAAUGUGAAAGAUGUCUUUGAAAAGGACAUAUUUUUCUGUGGGACGGGGUGGCGUGCAGGGGAUGUUUACUCCACGUAAUACAACUUCCAUAGCACCCAGUAAGGGCCUCAGCAAUGAACCAGGACAGAAUAGCUGCUUCUUGAAUAGUGCUUUGCAGGUUCUUUGGCACCUGGAUAUUUUCCGUCGCAGCUUCCGACAGAUCACGACGCACAAGUGCAUGGGAGAUUCUUGCAUCUUUUGUGCUCUUAAGGGUAUCUUCAAUCAGUUCCAAUGUAGCAGUGAGAAAGUACUGCCGUCUGAUGCCCUACGCAGUGCUCUUGCAAAGACUUUUCAGGAUGAGCAGCGCUUUCAGCUGGGCAUCAUGGAUGAUGCUGCUGAAUGUUUUGAGAAUCUCUUGAUGCGGAUUCAUUUCCACAUUGCGGAUGAGUCAAAAGAGGACAUCUGCACUGCUCAGCACUGCAUUUCUCACCAGAAGUUUGCAAUGACCUUGUUUGAACAGUGUGUCUGUACUAGCUGUGGUGCCACUUCUGACCCUCUGCCUUUUAUCCAGAUGGUACAUUACAUCUCCACCACUUCACUCUGCAAUCAAGCUAUUUGCAUGCUGGAGAGACGAGAGAAACCCACUCCGGAUAUGUUUGGAGAGUUACUACAGAAUGCCAGCACCAUGGGAGACCUGCGAAACUGUCCAAGUAACUGUGGGGAAAAGAUCCGUAUACGUCGUGUGCUCAUGAACUCUCCCCAGAUCAUCACCAUUGGGUUGGUGUGGGAUUCAGACCACUCUGAUCUAGCUGAGGAUGUCAUUCACAGCCUGGGCACCUGCCUCAAACUUGGAGAUCUCUUUUUCAGAGUAACUGAUGACAGAGCAAAACAGUCAGAGCUGUAUUUGGUAGGAAUGAUCUGUUACUACGGAAAACAUUACUCUACCUUCUUCUUCCAAACGAAGAUCCGCAAGUGGAUGUACUUUGAUGAUGCCCAUGUCAAAGAGAUUGGUCCAAAGUGGAAAGAUGUUGUGACCAAGUGCAUCAAGGGUCAUUAUCAGCCUUUGCUGCUGCUUUAUGCAGAUCCAAGAGGAACUCCAGUGUCAAUGCAAGACUUGCCCUCUCAGGUGGAUUUACAGCAGUAUAGCAGGACUUGCUAUGAUAGCGAGGACUCAGGGAGGGAGCCUUCCAUCUCGAGUGACACCAGGACAGACUCCUCUACAGACAGCUAUCCCUAUAAACACUCACACCAUGAGUCUGUGGUCAGUCACUUCUCUUCUGACUCGCAGGGGACAGUCAUCUAUAAUGUGGAGAAUGACACAGCUUCGCAAAGCAGCAGGGACACAGGACACUUGACUGACAGUGAAUGUAAUCAGAGGCAUAUUUCCCAAAAGAGCUCACUGACUGACCGCAAGAGGAGUUCUAGCCGGUCUCGGCGAAAAGGGGAUGAGAUACAGUCAUCAGGAUACCAUAGUGAAGGGGAAACACUGAAGGAGAAACAAGCCCCCAGAACUGCCCCUAAGCCAUCCAGCAGCACCAGCAGACUUAGAGAGUUUAAAGAGACAGUCAGCAAUAUAAUCCACAACCGACCAGCCCAGACCAACCAAGGCCCUCCUUGUGGAGGGAAUGUAGUGGGUCAGUCAAAGAUACGGCGCCCCAGGAACUUGCCUGUGCAUUCUCGCGACUGGGAAAUGGAGAGUACCAGCAGUGAAUCCAAAUCCAGUUCAUCUAGCAAGUACCGUCCGACCUGGAGACCCAAAAGGGAGUCUCUGAACAUAGACAGCAUCUUCAGUAAAGACAAGAGGAACCAUUGUGGCUACACGCAGCUCAGCCCCUUCUCUGAAGAUGCAGCCAAGGAAUUUGCAGAGGAUGAGUUGAAGGAACCAGCAACUCAAGGAACAAGGCCAAACCAACUAAACAUCAGGUAUAAGCCCUGGGGUCGAGGUCGGGGCACCCAGCACCUGAUGGAUCAGCCUCCUCGUCUGAUCCAAAGGAUGGAAUCUGGCUAUGAGAGCAGUGAACGCAACAGCAACAGCCCAGUCAGUCUGGACAUGCCCUUGUCUGAGAGCUCAAGCACACACAGGGAUUCUCGUAUGAAGCGAGCAGGUGGGUUGGUUCCUGCCUGGCGUAACAUCCCAAAGUCGCACAGCAGCAGCAUCUUAGAAGUGGAAUCUGCUUCAUCGACUAGUGGUUGGACAAGCAGCCAGCACUCUGUUGGGAAUGGUGGAGAAAUGCCUGUCCCAUCAAAGAGCGAACUGGAUGAGUUACAGGAGGAAGUGGCAAGGAGGGCGCAGGAACAGGAGCUACUCAGGAAACGGGAAAAGGAACUGGAGGCAGCAAUGGGCUUUAACCCCUGUCCCAGCAGGUUCAUGGACCUAGAUGAGCUGCAGAACCAGGGGAGGAGUGAUGGCUUUGAGAGGUCCAUGCAGGAAGCAGACUCAAUCUUUGAAGAGUCGCUGCAUCAGGAACAGAAGGGAGAUUGUGCUGCAGCUUUUGCUCUCUGUAACGAAGCUAUAUCUAAACUAAGACUUGCCAUGCAUGAUGCCAGCUCUAGCACUCACAGCAGAGCCCUAGUCGAUAAGAAGCUACAAAUCAGUAUCCGAAAAGCACGGAGCCUCCAGGAUCGCAUGCAGCAACAGCCAUCGCAGCAGCCGCCGCCGCCAACCUGCCACCCACCACAGGGGGGCACCAUGACCCAGUCUACAAGUGAACAGACUGGCCCGCUCCAAGUACUGCUGAGCCGGGAGGUAUCACUGGAACCCAACAGAGAAGUGGAAUUCGGGUCCAGUUCUUUCUUCCACCCACCCGCUUCCUGCCAUGAAGUGCACUCAUCAUUAUAUCCAGAGUCUUCCUCCCUAGCCGUUCCUGCAAGCAGUCCUCCAAAUAGGACCUUUCCUAACUUCCGGGCUACUUCUACUGAUUUCGAUGGCCAAGCUCCCUCUUUUCCAUAUGGGCGUGGGUUGGCUGAGAGACCCGCAAAGACUGAGAACGAUGCCCACCAUGUUAUGGAGCUUGAUGGGGCCCCCGCCAAAGGGCUGAAAGACCAUAGGGACUGCAGCAGCAAAUUAGAAGAAGUCCAUGACGUUACAGCUGUUCUCACACCUCAGCACAAAAUUAAAUUUAAUACAGUCAACUCUGGGUCUUUGCCUGCACUAGUCCCCUGUCCCCAUCCAGCGCAAGCAUCAUCUCCCAAUAAAAGCGGUCUGCAUAGUCCUUGCUUCAGUCUGUCAAACUCUCCAGUGCCCACUAGCAUUGAUCAGGUAGGGGGCUAUCAUUCCAUGAUCUCUGCUGCUUCAUUCCUGUCACUUCAGUGCCCCCUGGCUCCCUUACAAACAGCAAACAGGUACCCUAGAACAAACAGCCGUGAAACUUUACUGCUCCCACAGGAUGACUUCAGCAACGUGGAGACUUGCAAAUCUAAGACCCAUAGCUCAAAGGGGCAUGUUCGUUCCCUGGCAGAGCAGUUUCAGAGACUGCAUGGAGUCUCCAAGAAAGAAGGUGCACAUGAGAAAGGGUGGACUGCUGCAGUCUGUCAGGAUGAGAAGUCUCCAAGGCUGAUACAGGAGUCCUUCACGAAUUCUUCAACCUCAGGCUACAGGCAAUUAAUUCCUCAAAAUCAAGAAAACAGAACUCAGUCUUCCGAAAAGUUGCAUUCAUCCUUAGAUGUUAGGGAUGGGUUUGCUUCCAUGGAGGGUUUUAGCACUCAACUCAUUACCUCUAAGAGUCCUGGAUCGCACAGUGAAGACCAGUGUAGAAGAGGUGAACAGAAUGUAGCUGGCCCUGCACUCUCCCAGGAAAGGCACACUCAUGAGAGAGGUGUGAGACAGGUGGAUGAUGGACCUGCCACUGGUAUGGGUGCUUCUAUGCCUGUGGACCGCUGGGUGGACAAUGUCACCAGGUAUUACAGUUCUCAACUGGACUGUAAAAAUACAGAAUGGCUUCCUGUGCCAGGGAGGAAUCCACCCCUUUCUGAUCACAGAACGGUCAGAGAUGACCUGAAUGGGACCCCAGUGCAGUUUCACCCACAGUGGAAUCAAGACACAGAGCAGGAGAUCUCUGAGUUGGAGUCCCUCUAUCAGGCUAGCCUAGCUGGUAGGCCUGUGUUAGGAAGACUGGACAAUUCCAGGCACCCAUUGAGCAAGCCAGUGUCUGAAAACAUAACUGUGAGGAAGCUCCACACUGUAGCCGGCAUGGGUCUCUCGAAAAUGCCAACAGCAGAGAUUGAGCACAAUCUCUAUGGAGCCAUUGUCUCUCCUGUCUCCAAGGUUGCAUAUGCCAGAAGCCAUAGCAGGGAGCCAGAAGAGGAGAUGUACAGUGCAGAGAAUUUCCGUCGCAUUGCUCGCAGUCUCAGUGGGACAGUCAUCACAAACAGGGAAGAGACUCUGGUCUCCUCUCAUAGUUUUGAAGCAUCAAAUGUGAGGAAAAUGCCAAAGGAAACCAUGCACCGUUCUUCCAGCUCCACUUCCCUCCCUUUUCCCCACGAUCCUUCUGUGUUACCCUUUGAUCCCCACCACUACCCAACCCAGAGGCAGAACCUGUCCCAUGAUGUACUGAUGCCUAGCAUGGUGGGCAAAGCACGUAGAUCAUCAGGAGAUCAGAAGAACGUCCAGAAACUUCUGGUUGUGCCUGACCGGGGUGAAACUUUCCGAGGUGAAGACCACCCAGGUAUGGCACUGAGCUACAGGAAUCUCCCUUGCGCACAGAAAUGCUCUUCUUCCCAAGGUCAGGGGCCUCUUGUUGACCAGCAUAUGAGAGGUGGAACAUCAAGGAUCUCUGGCCAAUGGCUGCAGAUGAACCACACUGCCAGACAAACAGCAACACUGCCAGACAAACGAACAUUGCAGUUGGGAUACACUGCCCAGCCAGACAAGGGGUUAGAGGAAAGCUUCCUUCAGCAGUCCUCCCGACACCAAAUGCAUGAGUCCUAUGCCAUCAAUUGCAGGCCACGUCCUAGCACAGACUACAGUACCUUCAGAGUACUACAGGGGCUUUCUUGGGACCCUGGUGCCUCUCACGGUUGCCCGGUGCCUCCCCCGUGUACUAAGGCCCCUGGACCAAGGAGAGUAGAUAUGCCCCCAGAAGAAGACUGGCGUCAGAACAGCUUUACCCCUCAGCCUGGUGGACGGAGAACAUUGCCAGUGCACGUGGUGGAUGGGACUUUUUCUUCUGCUUCUGAGGUGCACCAAAGGAUGAUGGCCCGAGCAGCAGUAGCUGCUGCUGCCACCCUGCAGAAUAGUGGCUGGUGAGGUCUUGUUCCACUCAAUGUGUUCCCAGCAUUGAUCAAACCCCCUUGUGAGCAAACUGUCUGAACUGUAGCUGUUGCUGAGGUGCAGUUAAUAACAAGGCAGCUAACUCUUCAGUCAGUAGCUCUGCUAGUCUUGUCUUAAAAUGUAGCUAUAUGGUAUGUGGAAACUAAUUGCACUGUAUUUCUUUUCCUGUAUUGCUGAAUUGCUGUGUGUGGGGGGAGCUCUUGGCUAUUCCGAUCCCAGCUCCUCUCGGCAGUAAGCGCUAUAGUCAAUAAUAGGUAUAAGGGGCACUGGCUGUGGAUAAGCUCACAGGUGCACGUUUAUUUUCAAGAAAGAUGUACCAUUAACAAAAAGGACCACUUUUUAAAGGACUCAAGCAUGAAACGUAGUUCUGCUAAAUUCAUUGCAUACAAAGUCAAUAUGCUAUUUUCCAUUUGUUUUCUUCUCCACCUCCCUCUUGUGUUCUCUACUGGGGGAAAAACUGAUCCACCUUCCAGGUUCCAGCAAAUCUGGACAUGGCAGGACUGGUGGUAAGUGAGGCAAACCCAACAUUCAGUGUGCUGAGACUUCAAGUACAGGCCACAGCUGUAGUUGCUACUGUGAAGGGGGAGGGAGACAUUGCCCCAGAGUAAACCAGAACUUUUCCCCACUUCCUUCAAGCAAACUAACAAUGCUUCAAACAGGAACGACUGUUAAUGCUGCACGCUUAAUUACACCAAUGUAAACACAGAAUAAGUUUAGCUAUUUUAGGGUCAAACAUACUUGCUUUUGUAAGUAUUUUUCAAAUAAAUCUAUGAAAUAGUUCUAUUUAACUGCCUGUGUAUGAAUCAUCUUCAUUUUUUAUUUGGUUUUACUCAGCAACUGAUCUGAAAGCUCUGGUUUGUGUUUUUUUAAUACUCUAACUGGAAUAAUAAAAGCUACAUAUAAAGUUGUUUGCAGUGUUGUUGUAGCUGUGUUGAUCUCAAAAUAUGAGACACACAAGAUGAGUGAGGUAGUAUCUUUUUCCAGACCUGAAGAAGAGCUCUGUGUAGCUCAAAAGCCUGUUUCUUCCACCAAUAAAAGAGAUUACCUCACUCACCUUGUCUCUCUCAGACAUAAAGGUAGUUAAUUAAUAAUGGUAAUUUAUUAACAAAUCAUUUAUAAAGAAGCACUUGUAAUUAGAGCAGAGGACUGAGUCAGGAAUGCAGUAUUCUGUUCCUGACCCUUCCAAUUCCACUUGUUUGCUUUGUGGACUAGUUGCUUCGCCCCUCUGCACUUCACUUUCCCCUGUAAAAUUGGGGUACCCUUCCUCUCUGGAAAAGUAUUUUGAGAUGUCUGGGUGAGAAAAAUGUUGGAUAUGUGCACAUUAGUAUUGUACAUAGUCAAGCUCUUUUUAGUCUCCUACAAAAGGGUCAUCUAGAAAUGGUCGGUCUGUGUCACUGGCUCAACUGAGCCAGAUGGUGUCUCAUAGAGCGAGCUCACCUAGUUGUCAAUAGUCCAACCAAUGUCUAAUUCAGGAUGGCCUGCCCAGGCCUUACAUUCACACAAAGGAAAUCAAAAAGCUGGCACAGUGAGGUCAGCAACAGGCCCUGGCCAGGCCUGAAUUUUUGUGUUAGAGUAGAGCAGGGGUUCUCAAACUGGGGGUCGGGAGCCCUCAGGGGGUCACGAGGUUAUUACAUGGGGGGGUCACGAGCUGUCAGUCUCCACCCCAAACCCUGCUUUGCCUCCAGCAUUUAUUAUAAUGUUAAAUAUAUAAAAAAUGUUUAUAAUUGAUAAGGGGGGGUCGCACUCAGAGGUUUGCUAUGUGAAAGGGGUCACCAGUAUGAAAGUUUGAGAACCACUCGGGUAGAGGGAAGAGCCUUCCUCCUUCUCUGGCUACACCCAGCAACUGCCAUUUCAUAGAGGCAGCAGCCCUUUUUUUUAAUUUGCCCUGCUGGGCCCAUAUUGGCUUUUUCCUGCUCUUAGCCCUUCUAACCAUUGAAGGACCAAGUAUUGUUGAUUCCAUAAGUGGUUGACCCAGGGAGGCCUUUCUGGGUAACCCGGGAUGCCCAGAAAUUACUGCCUUUCUCUUUCUAUAGGGACACUUCCUAUGGCAGAGUGCACCAAGGCAGCAGGGUCUCCAGCAGGAGGCAGCAAAUGCCUGGUGCAUCCUGUCACAUACCUUCCCUGGCAGAAUGGGCCUAGGGGUUUCGUCUUCACAUCACAAAUUCUAGUAUCUCCUCCUGCCCAGGAAAAGAAAUCUGCAUUCUCAUGCUGUAGUACUGGGGAAGCACAGAGAUCCAGCGCUGAGUAUCACCUUGUGUCCUUCAUUGCCUGCAUCCACUGUAAUAAGGGAGUAUGAUCCAUUAUUACAUAAAACAGGACUCCUGCUGUCAUCACAGCCCACCUUAUAGCCCAGCAUUCUUUCUCUAUGGGGGAGACUUUUGUCUCUCGCUUUUGGAAUUUUCUGCUCAAAUAAAGAAUUGGGUGCUCCAUUCCUUGGAUGUUUUGUGAUAAUACAGCUCCUAGGCCCACGCAAUGCAUUGGUUUGCAGAAUAAAUGGUAACGAGAAAUUUCUGGGCCACCGCAAAAUGUCCCUGAUCUUUAGAAAGAUUUCCUCACACUGCUUUAUCCGCUGCUUCAGUGCUGUGUCUUUGUGAGGUCUGUCAAAGGUGAAGAGUGGGGUAUCAAAUGGCAGUAAUAGCUCACUAAGCCUAGGAACACUCACUCGAUGAAGUGGGUUUUAGCCCACGAAAGCUUAUGCUCAAAUAAAUUUGUUAGUCUCUAAGGUGCCACAGGUACUCCUGUUCUUUUUGCUGAUACAGACUAACAAGGCUACCACUCUGAAUCCUGUCACACUUGUUUCUUCAUCUUGGAGGUAAGGAUUUUCUUCAGGAUCUCUGUUUUGUCCUGAAGAGGCUGGAUUUGGCCAUUUCCCAUGAGAUAUCCAGAAUAUCUAGUUUCUUGCAUGCCAAAUUAUUGAGGGGUUGGAGAUAUUGUAACAAAGGCAAAUGUGUGUUACAAUAGGUGUGAAUUAAGAGUGGGACUUUAAAGCCAAUUUUUUUUCCCCCCCUGAACAACCAUUGGAAAGCCUAGACUGCACUUUAGUGCCCUCUACUGCUUCAUUUUAAUUGUGUCUAGAAUGUUACUUGUUUGUUUAGCUUAGUCUAGUAUCUUCAUUAUUCUUGUUUAAUGUCUUAAUUUUCAUUCCCAUCUCUCUCUUCUCAGGAUUAUACUAAACACAAAGGUCAAAUUUAUCAAUAUUUCUGCUGUCUGAGAGUUUGGGAGUCAUCUAUUUUUUUCUUUUGUAUCUAAAUAUUGCCAUUGUAAUGCCUCUCUGAUAAAAAUAACUACAUUUGGA